AUCAAACCUUUCAUAACCCCUUUUUAUUACUUUCUUCUAAAAAACAAAAUUUAAUAAUGUCAUUGUCUUCUCUCCUUCCACGUCCACCCUGACUCUCUUUCUUUAAGGCAGACCAAAGUUCAACCUCUAUGAAACUGUUCUCAUAGCUCUAUCUCUCUGAAGAAAUUCAUCAAACACACUCAGAGACAUGAGGUCCAAAACUCAAUCUCCAAUUAACAUCAAGCUCAUUCUCCUCUGUUUCUUCCUCUUCUCCCUUUUUCUCUUGAUCAUUUGGUCCAAUUUCACAUCUUCUCACCCAAUUUCAUCACCCAUACCAGAAACCCACUUGCAACCCAAUGAUCAAGAACCUUCCUCUUCCUGUCCAUCUCUUCCCUUAAACCCAACAUGCACCAAAAUCUCACCUUCUUUAGCCAAUGCUCUCGUUCACUACGCAACAACAAAUAUCACUCCACAACAAACCCUGAAAGAAAUUUCUGUCACCUUAAGAGUUCUGGAGAAAAAAUCACCCUGUAACUUCCUAGUCUUUGGCCUUGGCCGUGACAGCCUAAUGUGGACAUCUCUCAACCACGGUGGCCGCACACUUUUCCUUGAAGAAGACAAGUCCUGGAUCGAGCAGAUCAAGGAGAAAAUACCCAGUUUAGAAUCCUACCAUGUGAGCUACGACACCAAAGUGCAUCAAGCAGAUGUGUUGAUGGAGACAGGACAGGCGGAAGAUUGCAGAGUUGUGAGUGAUCCAAGAUUCUCAAAGUGUCAACUUUCACUCAAGGGGUUCCCUAGCGAUGUGUAUGAUAUAGAAUGGGACUUGAUCAUGGUGGAUGCGCCAACUGGGUAUCACGACGAGGCGCCGGGGAGAAUGACGGCGAUUUACACGGCGGGGUUGAUGGCGAGGAACAGAGAGAACGGAGAGACCGAUGUAUUUGUCCAUGAUGUGGAUAGAGCAGUGGAAGAUAAGUUUUCUAAAGCUUUUCUCUGUGAAGGGUACUUGACGGAGCAAGAAGGGCGGAUAAGACACUUCACUAUUCCUAGCCAUAGGACUCGUUUGGGCAGACCCUUUUGCCCUUAGAGCUUCUUCUUUUUCCCCAUUGUGCGUUGGGUUGGGUUUCUUUCUCUCUCCCUUCAAUUUCUUUUCUUUUCUUUUUUUUUUCUUUUUAAUUUUUGUUAUUUUAUACAAUUAAGAGGGAAAAGGGUAUUUCUCUUUUUAUUUUUUUUAAUUUGUUCCAAAAUUUCUACUGUAAUAGCAGUGAGAUUUUCUUUCGAUUUAGCAAUUAUGUAUAAAUAUAAUAACUACUUUGACGAUUUUUUA